CGCAAUAUCUACGUAAAUACAAAGUUACCCCAGUCUGAAUAUGACCACAAAGGACGUAUUAUCGACCGACACUAUGCGAACAAUCGAAUUAGAACAGCAAAAUACACCAUCCUUUCAUUCGUACCUAAAAACUUGUUUGAACAAUUCCGUAACGUCGCCAAUCUCUAUUUCCUUUUCCUCGUCGUCCUCCAAUGCAUCCCAAUCUUUGGCGUCACAGAACCCGCCGUAUCCGCCCUACCUUUGAUUGUCAUUAUCGUUAUCACAGCAAUCAAAGACGGUAUAGAAGACAUGAAACGUAGUAAAAGUGAUCAACGAGUCAAUAAGGCAAAGGUUCUUGGCUUGAAGAAUUGGCGUAAUGUCAAUUUACCAGAAGUAGCCAAGGGUCGUUUCCACAUCCUCAAAGUCGCGUGGGGAUUCAUUUGUGUUAUCUCAGGCGCAGAAAAUAAGUACGCCCGUCUCUAUCGACACUCAAAAUCAAAAGAUGCCAAGCAACGCAGACCCAAAGAAGAAAAACAGCCUCUUACAGACACCGGAUCCCCUCGUAACUCUGAUCAAGUCCUACCAUUACCAUUAACUGAGCCAAAGCGUGCCCAUCACCAUCUCCGACCUCGGUCUGACACCCUGCGUUCAAUCAGUAGGAUGCUCAACCCAAACAGCAGCAGUAAUCUCAACUCUAAAAACAACCUCAACAAUAACAAAAUGCCAUACAGACCAGGAUCUAUCCCACACUCCGCAUCAUGGGAGGAAACUCGCUGGCAGGACGUUCAAGUAGGAGACUACAUCAAAAUCCGUAACAAUGAAGAUGUACCAGCAGAUGUCAUCGUCCUGUCCACCUCAGACGCCGACAACCUGUGCUAUGUCGAGACACAGAAUCUUGAUGGUGAGACAAAUCUCAAGGCUCGCCAAGGUUUGCCCGGCACAAGUGACCUCAAGACUGUUCAUGACUGCGAAAGAGCAAGAUUCUAUAUCGAGAGCGAGCCUCCACAUGUGAACCUAUACCAAUACAGCGCUGUUCUUCGUUGGGAAAUCGAAGAAGUUGACGAGACAGCGACAUUGCGUUCAGGAGUACAACACCAGAAAUCCGAUCCAGUUACAUACAACAACAUGCUUCUUCGUGGCUGUGUAUUGCGCAAUACCGAAUGGGUAAUCUGUAUGGUAGUCUAUACCGGCAGUGAAACCAAAAUCAUGCUCAAUUCUGGCCAAACUCCUUCCAAGCGAAGCAAAAUGGCCAAGGGUACAAAUCCACAUGUUAUUGCCAAUUUUGUAAUCUUAGCAAUAAUGUGUAUAGUGAGUUCCGUAAUCGAUAGUGUUCAAUUCAAUGGCAAAGGUUCAUCACGCUACUUUGACUACGACAUUGAAGGAAGCAGUGGCUCAUAUUCUGGAUUCUUAACAUUUUGGGUUACAUUGAUUUUGUACCAGAAUAUUGUACCAAUUUCACUCUAUAUUUCAGUUGAAAUUGUCAAGACGUUUGCUGCUUAUUUCAUUUACUCGGAUAUCGACAUGUAUUAUGAACCAACAGAUGCUCCCUGUAUUCCGAAAACAUGGAAUAUUUCUGACGAUCUUGGCCAAAUUGAAUACGUAUUUUCUGACAAAACCGGAACACUAACCCAAAACGUGAUGGAGUUUCGCAAGUGUACAAUCAACGGAGUAUCUUACGGGCUUGGCACCACUGAAGCUAGCCAAGGUGCUCGUCUGCGUACUCAGAACACUCGUCAUACCGAAAACUCUACUCAAAUCCACGACUACGAAUCGUCUUACACAAACGAAAGCGAAAAGGAGCUGAGCAACGAAAUCAUGGAAGAAGAAAAGAAACGCAUGCUCGAAAUACAGGCCAAGCAAUUCGACAACCCUCACGUCGGAAAUCCCACAUUUGUCGACCCUGCAUUCUUUGAAGAUCUCGGUAAGGGUGACGAACAUUCGCAAAUGAUGGAGCAUUUCGGUCUGGCACUUGCAAUUUGCCACACUGCGAUCCCCGAACGAAACAACCCGGACAACGAAGACGAAAUCGAAUAUAAGGCCCAGUCUCCCGAUGAGGCUGCACUUGUCGGAACUGCUCGUGAUCUUGGCUUCGUGUUCUUGAACCACACUGCCAAGACUCGCACCUUGACCGUUUUGGUGAAAGGCAAGGAGCAGAGAUUUACGCUGCUAAACAUCCUCGAAUUUAACUCUACACGUAAAAGAAUGAGCGUCAUUGUCCGACCCGAAGGCAGCGACAAGAUCGUAUUACUCUGCAAAGGUGCCGAUUCUAUCAUUUUCGAACGCUUGUGCACAGAGUUUGGAAACCAGACCGCCCUGGCUGAGUCUCAGGCCCGGUUACGCGAGACCACUUCAGAUGCCCUGGAGGAAUUUGCUAAUGAAGGUCUUCGAACCCUGGGCUUGGCAUAUAGAUUUAUUGCCAAUGAUGAAUAUGCUGCAUGGAACAAACGAUACGAGGAAGCCAGCGCAAGUAUCCACGGUCGCGAAGAGAAGAUUGACGAAGUGUGUGAAGGAAUUGAGCGCGAGAUGCUGUUGAUGGGAGGUACUGCUAUUGAAGAUCGUCUUCAGGAAGGUGUGCCAGAAACUAUUGCCGAAUUGGCCAAGUCAGGUAUCAAACUGUGGGUCCUGACUGGUGAUAAAACCGAGACAGCGAUCAACAUCGGUUUCUCCUGCAAUCUCUUGACUGUCGAUAUGGAGCUGGUUGUUAUAAAGGCCCAGACAAGAGAAGAGACCAAGGCUCAACUUGAACAAGCACUGGAGACAUCCGAACACAGCUCAGGAAAGAAGCGGGCACUGGUUAUUGACGGUACGACUCUUCGGUAUGCUCUUUUAAAUGAGUGUAAGGAUGAUCUCCUGGACCUUGGCAUGCAGUGCGCAAGUGUCAUUUGUUGUCGAGUGAGUCCCAAGCAAAAGGCACAGGUUGUUAUGCUUGUCAAGAAGGGACUCAAGGUCAUGACUCUGGCUAUUGGUGAUGGUGCAAACGAUGUGGCAAUGAUUCAGUCGGCCAAUGUUGGUGUUGGUAUCAGUGGCGUCGAAGGAAGACAGGCUGUGAUGGCCUCUGAUUAUGCAAUUGCACAGUUCAGAUUCCUCCGCAAGUUAUUGCUCGUUCACGGUCGCUGGUCCUACCUGCGUACAGCUGAGACGAUUAUGGGAUUCUUUUUUAAGAAUAUUGUGUGGACCUUUAUGUUGUUCUGGUAUCAGAUUUUUUGCCAAUUCAAUGGCUCAAUGACCUUUGAUUAUUCUCUUGUUACACUUUACAAUCUCAUCUUCACCUCUCUUCCGAUCAUUUUUCUCGGUAUUUGGGAUCAAGACUUGUCUGCCCGACUUUCUCUGCACUACCCCGAACUUUACCAUAUGGGUCUCCGUAACGACAAAUUCAAGACCUGGCGUUUCUGGCUCACGGUUGUUGAUGCGAUCUACCAAUCAGCGGUCUCCUUUUUCUUCCCGUACAUUCUAUUUGUUGCCGGUGCAUUUGAUGUCAAUGGAUAUUCGACCAAUGGACUCUACGAAAUGGGUACCAUUAUGUCGAGUAUUGGUGUGUGCGUGGCAAACAUUUUUAUUGCCUUUUCGCUCUACAGUUACACUUGGAUCCAGGUUGGAAUCAUUGCUCUCUCGAUUCUGGUGUAUUAUUUGUUUGUAGCCAUCUAUUCCCAGUUCAAUACCUUUAUCUUUGCUGGACACCUGCGAUUAUUUGGUAGUGGAUUCUAUUGGCUCGUCCUGAUGCUUGCGAUUGUGGCCUGCUUUGUACCCCGAGUGGCAGCCAAACAUAUCCUUCAUCAGUACUAUCCGUAUGACAACGACAUUAUUCGUGAA